CAGAAGGCGACAACAUUUCAGUCGACUCACAAGGUAAACCAUUUACUGCUGAGGGAGACCUUCAUAUUUAUAGAGGGGAGAGAUAACGAGCCGUCUGUGUCGGCGCCGUUUUUGCCGAGCGGAGACCUGCUCAGCCCGAAAUGAUUGGCUAUUUCUUAAAAUGAGAAAGUCUCAGAAAUGUCUUUUUCUCUGGGCGACAACGUCAGAAUCCCAGCCAUUAUGUACAGGCGGAAACCAGCGAGUGUUUGCAUCCUUCAAACAAUAUUUGGAUUGUCAAGAACUCAAAGAUCUCAGUGCUGAAUGCCAUUAAAACCUUGACUGACAUCAACGCAGUCCAUUUAGGACCACAUCCCGUCUCAGUUCACCUGUCACUUUCCCCUCUUCUACAAGAGCUUACAUCACUAAAAAAGCUACACCCGGUCCCCUUUUGACCCCCGUUGCUAUGGAGAAUCUCAGUGAGCUCCAGAACCCGUUGUUGGACAAAAACAGUAAGCACAUGGUCAACGGUUACGGGGGCGACUUCCCCAAUAACCAAUACCAGGAAAACAUUAUUAACUACUAUGCUGGAGGUGGAGGAGAGGGAGUGGGAGGAGGAAAUGUGAGAAACGGCAACGUAGUGAGCGGAGGUAGCUACAAUACCAACGGGAAGAUGAAAUCUCAGCAGCUUUUAGACGCCACUUCGUUGCAUCUGGCGGUCGAGGCGUUCUACAGGCCCAACUUCAUCCUGUACAAGGAGGACAGUGGCAGCAUCAAGGCUAAGGAAUACAAAAGUGAGUGCUGUGAGACCACAUUCACAGAGAAGAAAGCGAAGGAGGCGUCCAACACAACGGGGGCGGAGAUGCCGGCCACAGAAGACCCACAGGCGAAGCUGCUGGAAGACGGGGAAAACAUCAAGAUCCAAACGGUUUCCUAUGAGGUUGAGGAGGAGGAGUACGUGGAGUACGAGACGGACUGCUCCAGCGACAGCGAGAGUGAGGACAACUUCAUAGUCGUCCCCCCACGAGACCACCUGGGCCUGGCCAUCUUCUCGAUGCUGUGCUGUUUCUGGCCCCUGGGAAUCGCAGCAUUUUACUUCUCACAGGGGACCACCAAGGCAGUGAACAAAGGUGACUUCCCACUGGCCAACAUCGCCUCCAGACGUGCUUUGUUUCUCGCUGCCCUCUCCAUCACUAUAGGCACCGGUGUGUAUGUGGGGGUGGUGGUUGCUCUCAUUGCCUACCUUUCUAAACCAGGACACAUAUAGCAGUUGCACCUUCCCAACCAUACAUCUCCGGGGAACCCAGGAAGAGAAUAACCCCCUCAUGGGAACGCCGUUACUCCUGCAGACUUUGAGGAAACUUUUUUUUUUUUUCGGGGACGUACAGUUUUCUCCUCCACUUUCCCUUCUUUCCGUCUUUCUCUCCCUGCAGGCCCUCUGUCAGCAAAGAUUAGCCACAGUGACUGGAGAGAGGUCAAGCUGGAGGGAGAGAAGAAGGGGAAUUGGGGAAUGACAGCAUUUUUUAGUUGGAGUCCAGUUUGCAUCCCAUCAGCUUAAACCCCUGUUGGCUUCAACCUGUUUUGGCUGGUUUUUAACUUCCAGGACUCUUAAAGACACAUCAACAAGAUAACACUUGGAAGAUCACAAUGCACAAUUAAAGAAUAUUAAAAAAAUAGAGGUUGGGGAGAGUUAAAAGAUUGACGCAAAACCACUGAACUAACUUAAUGUUUUUUGAGCUGGAGUUAAAAUAAGAGCCUCUCUGUGGAGUCUAAUCUACUGUCAUCUUAGUUUAGCACCCAGGACUGUCUUUAAUAGACCGUGAGCUGCCCUCAUUGGCUCAGAAGGACGAAGGCUGUGUUGGUCUCUUGGCUGACUGACCCACAGUAGACUGCUCACAUUUUGUUGAAUUGUGACAAAGGAGGGCUUCAUUUCCCCGAGAAACUUCAUUAAAAAAAAAAGAGCUAGACAAGACUUCUAAUUUCAAUCAAAAAUAAAGGCCCUGUGGAAAAAAAAGAGAUCAAACGUGAUCAGAGGCGUCUCACUGAACAAUAUGGCAUGAGUUACAAGAAUCUCAAUGGAGCCUCAGGCCGAAACUAAAUCUCUGAGAAGGUGUCCAUCCAUCGAAUACAGGCCCUGAAAUCUAAAAGCUGUUCAUGCCAGAUAAGGUUUGCCUACAUACAUGCAAAUGUGCUUUGUUUUUAUGUUUGUCUUUUUUUAUUUGUCUUUCUAGAGGCACCUUGAUAAAAUUCGCUUUAAGGAAUGUUAAUUUAUGGCCUUGGAAGUAAAGCACACAUGUGAGGUGGCCAGAUGGUUUGAAAUUCAGGGGGAAACGGUGCACAGUGUCUCCCAAAAACACUGCUCAUGGUGAGGGAACGCAAAACGAAACAUCGGCCGUUAACAAUAGGCAAGAAAGUUAUAAAUCAGGUAGAUAAUGUCAUUAAAAAGCAGGCCUUAUGUUUCCUCCAGGGCUGCGUGUAUAAACAGAGCGCGGCGGCCUGACAGCUUUGAAUUCAGCUGUGAUCAAUUAUUCUUUGCAUGACUCGAGCUAUGCCAGCAGUAUACUGCAACGCAUGAUUGAUUGGAUUAAGAACUUGUUUUUGUCACAUCAUAACAAAAAAGCCUAAAUUAAAAUUGAUCAGGCGGUGAAAGGGGCUCAUAUUUUGUGCCACGCUCAACAUUCACCAAUGAAGCUAUUAAUAAGAAGGAUAUUUCAUAGCAACAACGCUCCGAGACACUAUGUUCCUUCGCAACUUUCAAGAGCUAUUACUCGGGUUUAAAGACAGACAUGCGACAGACAAUUUCACUGAUUAUCUUUGUAUGAAGGGCUUAUUAAUGACAGCGAUUUCAGUUUGUGUUUUUAUUUCCUACAUUCAGGCAGAUGGUAGUUCAAUCCUCCAGAGAAGACAUUAUACACUUAGUUUCUCUGCACAGGUCAUGCAUUAGUCAUACCUGACAUUUAUUGUGCACAAUUAUCUCCCUGUAAUGGCUUUUAUUUUCUGAAGGAAUGUCUAUUCUCUGGAGCACAACCCUAAAAUAGCACAACCACAUUAAUUUCACUAAUAAGCCACUUUUGGCGUCGCUGGCUGCUGUCAAACCCUGCAAGUAAACAAUCCAUUUAGACAUCCUCGCCUCUGUGAACAUGUGAAAACAACCAUGUAAGUCGGUUCCGCUGUGCUAAUGAAGAGUGAAUAUUGCCUGUAUGCUCCACGGGGGGAAUUUUCCAUCUCGCUUUGCCUGAAUAAAACUGCAGUAGGCUCCCAAGACUAUUCUUUUAAAUGUUAUUUUUGGCUGCGUGUAUGAAUAAACAUUGAGGCAGUCGGAUAAUGACAAGCUGAAUGCUGAUUCAUUUUGAUCGGGGCCCUUGGAAUCAGCUCAUUGAGUUUUAGUCAUCUGAAAAGCUGGUUAUUACAAUGUAAAUGUUUGACCUUCGACCCUUUUGAUGAGCUACUGAUUCCACACCAAUGUACGCACACAUCAUGACCAUCACUGUAACUAUACUGAAAGACCCUGUCCGUCCGUUCCAUCACUUGGAGAAAGUUUUAUUGCUGAUAACGAUGAACAUGCUUUGUGUUAUGUAGCGUGUCAUUCAAAAAUGAUGUGUUUUUAUCUGGCUUCUUUGGCAACCUGGUAUUGUGCAAUGUGUUACAACAGUACGUGGGUUUCAAUGCUGUUGUUAUUCCUUCUCAUUGUGAUGAGUUAAUGUACACAUCCGCACAACAAAGACAUUUGCUGAAUGCAUUCCUCAAUGCCAGGGUGAUAGUGCUCUCUCUGUGUCGUGCCCUAAAGCGAUUAAAGAAGAUUACAUUUUUUUAUUAUGUUUCUGGGAUUUUUUGUGUGUGUGAAGGCAACGUGUAAAUAAUGCAAAUAAAGACAUGUUCAAAUGUAAUA